AUGUGCAUCCGCUCCCGUGCUUUAUGUCCCUCUUCAAGACCGUGCGCCCGCUUCUAUACGCCUCUUUUCUCUCUUUCUUACCUCCUCCUCUUUCUUCCCUGUGUUUCUCUCUCUCGCUUUCUCUCGCUCUCUCUCUAUCUCUCUCGUGUUCCUGUGUUUCUCUCCCGUGGUUUUCUCUUUCUUUUUCCUCUGCGUCCCUCUCUUUCUUCCUCUCUGCACACACGUUUCUUUCUCUCUCACUUUCUCUCUCACUUUCUCUCUCACUUUCUCUCUCACUUUCUCUCUCACUUUCUCUCUCACUUUCUCUCUCACUUUCUCUCUCACUUUCUCUCUCACUUUCUCUCUCACUUUCUCUCUCACUUCUCUCUCUCUCUUCUCUCCCCCUCUCUCCUUCCUCCUCUCCCCUCUUUCUCUCUCUCACUUCCUCUCUCCCCUCUCUCACUUCCUCUCUCCCCCUCUCUCACUUCCUCUCACAUUCACUCUCUCAGGCUCACACACACUCACUUACACUUGAAACAGUGGAACGUACCCCAGUUGACCCAAACGCAUCAGACACUGAACGUGCUAACACGUCAGAUAAUGGAGUAA